AUGGCCAAACUCUUUUCGAAGCUGCCCAACACGCACUCUGGCCAGGAGAAAGAAAAUCCUCGGCACAGGCAGCAGCAGCAAGAAGCUUCCGCCCAGUUUCAGGAGAGCCGAUACGUGUUGUUGCCUCAAGAAAGAAGCUUCCUCUCUACUUCCCAGCUAACCAGCUCGAACCACAUCCCAACCACCAACCCCAGGCCUUCACAGGUGUUCCCCCACCCACAGGUCUCACAGGGCUCACAGGGCUCGCAGGGCUUAGAUAGGGACCGAUCAAGGGGUGCAGCAGGGGAUGAGAGGAUACUUUCGGCGGCUGGAUUGACUGUUCCUGCUGCUGCGCCUUCUUCGUUCGGUGCAGUUGGGUCUGUUCUUACGGCUGGAGAAACGGGUGGUAACCCGAGUGCUGCUGGUAACCAAGCUAUGGUUACAGAGGCGCCAAGCUCCGUGCUUCCCUUCCUGGGCUUCUCUAGGAGCUCCCUCCACGCCCCUAGGUUCCUGCGGCCCCCUAAACUCCUCUCCUUGUCCCUGAUGCCUGGUGGUGGUGCUGCUGCUGGGAAGGCGGGGAUGGGCAAGGAGGAGGGAAGGGGUAAGGACGGAAGAGGCAAGGAGGAGGAGGGGAAGGAGGAGGAAAGGGGGAAGGAGGAAGGGGUGAAGCAGAAGCAGAAGGGGAAGGGGAAGAGGGUGGGGUUUGGUGCGGUGGAGUGUGUUGCAGGGCCUCCUGCCGCUGCUUUAUCGGGUAUGUGGAGGGCGGAGGAAAGGUGGGAGGAGGAAAGCAGGGAGGUGGAGAGGGGGGAGGAGGAGUGUGGGAGAGGCAAGGAGAACAGGGGAGUGAAGAGAGCUAGUGUGAGUGGAGUGGAGUGUGUAGCAGGGCCGCCUGCAUCUGCUCUUGUGGGCAUAUGGAGGGAAGAAGAGAGUCAUGAGGAGGAGAGUGGAUAUGUUAAGAGAAAGGAAAGGGAAGGGAAUGGGGCUAAAAUCGUGGGUUUGGGUGCUGCGGAGCGUGUAGCAGGGCCAUUGGGUUCUGCUUUAUCGGGAGUGGAAGGUGCAGGUUUGGAGGAGAGGUUUGAUGCGGGCAGGUUGAAAAAACAGAUGGCUUGUGAGCUGGAAGCAGCAUUGGCGAAGCAGGAGAUUAUAAUGAAGCGGCAGGAGAUGCUUAUAAAGGAGGGGAAGAAAAGGGAGGAGAGAGCGAGAAAGGAGAAGCAGAGGAGGGAGGAGAGGAUGAAGAGGAGGGAGGAGAGGGCAGGUGGGAAGGCCGGGGAGAGAGUGUGGAGGGAAGUGGGGACGGAGGGGGAGAGGGAAGUGGAAAGGGAGGAGGAGGGAGAGGGGGAGGGGGAGAGGGAGGGAGAGAGGGAGGGGGAGAGGGAGGGGGAGAGGGAAGUGGUGAGGGAGGGGGAGGGGAAAGGGGAAGGGGGGUAUGGAGCUGCAUCGGAGGAGAGAGGGGCAGAUGGUGUGGAGGCUAGUGCAAGAUUUGAUCAUGUGAAGGCUGAUGUUGCUAAAGGCAAGGGCGCUGGGAAGAAAGGCACGAAAGCUGCAGCAGUGACUAAAAGAAAGGGCGUUCUUAAAAAGGGGGGAAAGGGGAAUAAGGAGGGCGACAGGGGCAGUGCAGCAGUGAAAGCGGGUGCGAAAGCAGGCAAGGGAGAGAAAGAGGGACAAGGUGCCAGCAGCGUUCAGACUGCCGUGAGCGCUACAGCCGCCACUGCUACAGCCGCCACUGCUACAGCCACCACUGCUACAGCUGCUGGCAGUGAGCAUUUUACUGUGCACGCCCCUCCUCCCAGCAUUGCCCGCAUCCAAUCGUUGAGCGACAGCUGGCGUGCAAGCCACGAGGAGAUGUUUUUCCAGCUGCUGUGCUCGCGGGGGGCAGCACUGCUGGGAGGGAUGGGGGGAGGUGCAGGGCUGGGGGGUGGGGCAGGGAUAGGGGAAGGGGCAGGGCUGGGGGGAGGUGCAGGGAGAGGGGGAGGAGGAGAUGGGGAAGCAGGGAGAGGGGAAAGAGCAGUCGGCGGGCUGCUGCCGUUGGGGGGAAGAGGGGCAGGGAAGAGGGGAGGGGUAGACAUGGGGGGAGGGCCAAGGAUGGGGGGACCGAGAGGGAUGGGGGGAGGAGAUGGGGGGCUGCUGCCGCUGUUGGCAAGGGCUGGGAAAGGAGGAAAGGGAAGAGGGGAGGAGGAUGGAGUGGGGAGAGGAGUGGAAAAGGCGGACGGGAGUAAGGGGAAGGGUUGUGGGGAGGAUGGUGGAAGCAGGCGGGAGAGGAGUGAGAGGGAAGAGGAUGAGAGAAGGGCUGGUGUGAGAAGAGGAGUGAGUGUGACGGAGUGUGAUUAUGAAGAGGGUGCUUUUGAGCUGACUCAGGAUUCACCUCGUCUCAAUGUCACAAGGGUGAAACUAGAAGGAGCGGGUGUGACUGAGUGUGGUUGGGAGGAGGAGGGUUGCUGUGAUGUGGGGGAGGGCAACGACAAACAGAGAUUUCUGGGAAUGCUGAGAGAUAUCUCAUCUGGGGAGGAAAAGGGCAAGCAAACCACACUUCCUCAGUCGAAGCGAGGAAAAGGGAAGGCUAAAAAGAAGCAGGCGCCUCUACAGCUGGUAAUUUCCGGGGAAGCUUCCAACUUCUCCUCUUCGCCGCUUUCCUCCUCUUCCUCCUCCUCGUCGUCUCGCCCCCCUCACCACUCUCCCGCUUCCUCUCCUGCUGCUGGUUUGGCUGCUGUGGAGCGCACAGCAGGCGGGAGGCAGCCCAGGCAACAACACCUGGCCAAUGCUACACACAAGAAAACUGGGAAGCCGAAAGGCGCUGCUCGUGGUGCUGGUGCUGAUUCUGCUGAUACUGGUGCUGCUGGUGCUACUGCUGUUGUCGCUGGAGGGUGCGCUGACCGCCCAAGCAUAGAAAAAGCUAAGGGAGGUGCAGGGGGAAGGGCAGAGGCAGGGGCAGAGGCAGGGGAAGAGGCUGGGGCAGAGGCAGGGGCAGAGGCAGGGGCAGAGGAAGGGGCAGAGGAAGGGGCAGAGGAAGGUGCAGAGGAAGGGACAGAGGAAGGGGCAGCGGCAGGGGCAGAGGAAGGGGCAGAGGCAGGGGCAAAGGAGGGGGCAGAGGCAGGGGCAGGGGAAGAGGCAGGGGAAGCUGGUGCUCCGCUAGAGGCUGAUGCAUUACAAGGCCAUGAAGUGAGACAGCUAGAGGCAGAUGCGCUACAAGGCGGUAGAGAGACAAGAGCUUUAUCCCCUCUCACGGCAGAUGCAUUACAAGGUAGUGUGAGGGAGAACGGCAUCAAGAGCCCGCGCAAGCCUAAGAAGCAAAAGGAGGUGAAAGAGAAGGUGAAGGAGAAGAAGAAAGAGAAGGAGAAGGAGAGGGAGAAAGAGAAAGAGAAGGUGAGUGGGGUGAAGGCAGGUGGGAAGAAGGGGAGGGCGAGCACAGGAAAGGUGGAUGCUGGAGGGAAAAGUGUCACUACUGCUGCAGCUGGUUCCACAGCCAUUGCGACAACCACUGUUGCAACUGCCGCUGCCAGUGCAACAGCCUCUAUUCCAGAGCAUGGAAAAGCACGGGGAAUGGGCAGCGGCACAGCAGAAGAACCAGCAGAAGGUGUUCUACUGAUAAACGGCAGCAAAAAAGCAGACGAAUUAGAAAAUGGGGUGGAGGGCGGAGCAAGGGGAGGAUCAGCAGCAGUUUUGAAAAUCCUAGAAAACGGUUCAGAUAUUGAAGGCAGCUUUCUUGCAGGAGAUAUGGAGAGUGGUCUGGGGAAGGAAACAACAACAGAGGCUGGGGAAGGAUCAGAAGCAGGGGAGAGCAAGGGGGAGGAGGCUGUAGGAGGAGGAUUAGCAGCAGGGGAUGGCGGAACUACAAAGCUGGGAGCGUCAGCUGCAGCAGAUGCAGGUCCGGAAGAUGGAUCUAGAAAGCUGAGCACGAGCAGUAGUGAAGUGAGAGCGCUGGCAAUGCUGGUGACUGAACUGGCCUGUGGGCCGGGGCAAGGGCGCGAAGACGUGACUGUUGAGGCGCCUCAUAAGGCUACUGUUGUGGCAGACUUGGCUUGUGUGCAGGUGCAAGGGCGAGAGGAGGUGAGAGAGGUGCAGCAGCGAGGGGAGGUGAAAGAGGAGGAUACUCCUGCUGCUGCUGCUGCUGCUGCUGCUGCUGGUAAAAGAGCACAUGCGCUGGGGGAAGAGGAGUUCAAGGAGGCACGGCAAGAGGAGGCGUUUGGAGUAGACCUGGGGCAUCAGGCAGAGCCGGUUGCUGCUGCUGCUGCUGCUGCUGCUGGAGAAUUUGCAAACCCUGCAUCUGUUGCAUGCUCUGCUGCAAAUUCUGCUGCUGCAGCUCCAAAGGGUGCAAGCACCCCGGCACAGGGACGGCAGAGGGCAGUGUCCUUCCACCCGGAUGUGCUUGUAAAGACCUUUGCAGUGGAGGCGGGGCAGUUACGGCGCAAGGUGGUGAGGAAGAGGCGGCACCGGCAGCAGCUGAUCGACGUGCCUGUUGCUGUGGUGGCUGCUGCUGUUGCUGCUGCUGAAGCUGCCGCCGCAGCUGCUGCUGCUGCUGCUGCCGCCAUGCAGGAAGCCUCAGCAGCAGCAGCAGCAGCAGCACCAGUACCAGCACCAGCAGCAGGAGCAGCAGCAGCAGCAGCAGCAGAAAAUGCUCCUCUUCAGGUGCCGUUUCUGCCGCCGCCCCAGGUGGCUCCUCAGGUGCCGUCUCAGGUGCCUGGUGACGUUCCUUGGCCGGGCCUCCAGGCACCUGAUCAGGUACCUUUUGAGCUGCUUAACAGAACGCCUGUGGAGAUGGGACCAAUCUGCCAGGGUGCAGCAAGUAACAUGGAGUGCUGUAACCAGUAUGCUUUGCCUGAGUCUCGGUGUGUGUCAGCAGCAGCGUCAGGAGAAGCAGAGGGGGGUGCUUUGUCAGCAAAUGAGGUCUUUGGGCUGCGGCAAACAGUGGUUGAUGGGGAAAUUGAAGGUGAUGGUGAUGGGGCAAGAGGAGAGGAGGGUGGUUCUGGUGAAAUGGAGGGUUGCGGUUUGGAUGGGACAUAUGUGAUGGCGAAUGGGCUUGAAUGCCAAGAGCAGCAGCGAGGGGAAGGGGUAGCGAAGAAAAAAACCAAGGGAAAACAAAACACAGGAAAAGAGAAAGGUAGUAUCAAGAAGAAACAAGCACCUGGCAAGGUGAAGUAA